AUGAUGAAACAAUAUAAGCCAGACAUUACCAUUCUUUUAGAAACAAAGUGUAGCAGACAAGUUGCUAGAAAUGUUAUUAAGCAAUUAGGAUGCACUAAUUACAUUAUAGAGGAAGCUCAAGGUUUUGCAGGGGAUUUUAAUGAGAUUAAAGAUAGUUCAGAGAAGAGGGGAGGUGCACCCACAGAUCUGAGGGCUUGCAAUGCCUUCAAUAAUUGGAUCAAUAACUGUGGUCUAAUUGACUUGGGUUUCAUCGGAUCGAGAUUCACUUGGAGAGGUCCUCAAUGGGAAGGCCAAGAAAGAAUCUUUAAAAGAUUGGACAGAGCUAUGGCUAAUUCAAGUUGGAGAAACAGAUUCCAUGAAGCUACAGUGGAGGUGCUCACAAGAAUGAAAUCUGAUCAUCAUCCUCUAUUAAUUACUACUGAAAAACGCUUAAAUGGAAUAAGGGAUAGACCUUUUCGCUUUGAGGCUAUGUGGACUAUGCAUCCUGACUUCCAAAAUUUAAUUGAAACAAGUUGGAAUAAUCAUCAUCAUCUCAACAAUGCUCUUGACAAACUAAAGAAGGACUUAAUCGAAUGGAACAAGAGCUAUUUUGGGAAUAUUUUCAAAACUAAAAGAAGAAUACAAAACAGACUUGCAGGAAUUCAGAGAAGUAGCACAUAUGGAAAAAAUCCUUACUUAGAUGGUUUGGAACAAAAGCUUAUAAAGGAGCUAAACGAGGUUCUGGACAAGGAAGAAACCUUUUGGUUACAAAAAUCGAGGGAGAAAUGGAUUAUGGAUGGAGAUAGAAACACUUAUCACACCAAAGCUAUAGUUAAAAGAGGGAAAAAUGGAAUUCUUAAACUCAGAGGGCAUGAGGGGGAGUGGAUCGAAGAAGAGGAGGAUUUGAAAAAGCACAUCACUUGCCAUUUCAAAAACCUUUAUCAAGAAGAGGUUAGAGUUGUUCCUUUUGAACUAGACCAUUACGACCUCCCUAAUUUCAGUUUGUCUGACUGCAGGAAGCUUGCAGCUACUCCUACGGAAAUGGAAAUCCGAAGGGCUUUGUUCAACAUAGGAUCUCUCAAGGCUCCAGGAAGUGAUGGCUUUCCGGCGCUUAUCUAUAAAAAUAAUUGGGACAUCAUGAAGAACAAAGUGUGUGAUUUUAUCCAAAGCUGUUGGAAGAAUCCAGAGAUCAUAAAGCAAGCCAAUACCACACUCAUCACGCUAGUUCCAAAGCUGAACCAUCCAGAGUCCAUCAAUCAGUUUCGGCCGAUAGCUUUGUGCAAUGUGACCUAUAAGGUGCUAACCAAGAUAAUAGUAGACAGAAUCAAACCUCAUCUCAGUGAUAGAAUAGCGGCUUAUGACAAGCUUAGCUGGGAUUUCAUUAAAGUUAGACUCAAGGAGUUGAAAUUACCAGUGAAAGUGAUACAAAUAAUCAUGCAUUGCGUUAACUCAGUGUCCUAUAAUGUGCUGUGGAAUGGAAACAAGACAGAGGAGUUCAUUCCAAAAAGAGGGGUGAGACAAGGCGACCCAAUUUCUCCAUACCUUUUCGUUAUCUGUAUGGACAAGCUAUCUCAGUUGAUAGAGGAGUUGGUGCAUCUUGGAGAGUGGAAACCUAUGGCAGCGGGUAGAAGGGGACCAAGAAUAUCUCAUCUAAUCUUUGCCGAUGAUGUUCUUCUAUUCACAGAAGCCAGCCAGGAACAAAUGCAAAGAGUUAAAGAAGUACUAGAAAAAUUUUGCAAGGCAUCUGGAUUGAAAAUUAACGAAGAAAAAUCCUCAAUUGUCUUCUCAAAAAGCACAUAUAUAAAUUUAAGGAGGAGGAUUAUGGACAUAGCAAAAUUCAGAGAACAAAAGGAAUUGGGAAAAUACCUUGGAGCCUUGAUUACAAAUAAUAGAGGAGGCAAGAAAAAGUUCAAAGAUGUUAUGGGUAGAGUUCAGAGUAAACUCAAGGGUUGGAAGAGUAAGUGUCUAUCUCUUGCUGGAAGACUAACGCUGGCUCAAGCAUCCAUUAGUCCUGCUCUUAACUUCCAAAUGCAACACGAUAGAGUUCCUAAAGGAGUUUGUCAGGAAAUUGAAAAGCUUCAGAGGAGCUUCAUAUGGGGGGAUGAACCCAAUCAUCGAAAAAUACACUUAAUCAGCUGGAAAACUCUAUGUCGUCCUAAGCACGAAGGGGGUAUGGGAUUUAGGAAAAUCACAUCAAUGAAUGAUGCCUUCUUGAUGAAAAUUCUUUGGCAAAUGGAAGGAGAACCUGGGAAGCUAUGGGUGGAGGUGCUAAAACAUAAGUACUAUCCGGGAGGACAAUUGAAAAACAACAUAAGAAGCAAAAGCUCUGAUUCUAUGCUUUGGAAGGAACUUGUGAAAAUAUGGCCAAUCUAUCAGAAAAAUUCUAUACAAUACAUAGGAAAUGGAUGCGCAACUAACUUCUGGAAGGAUCAAUGGGUGUUGGAAGAAGGAGCUCUCAAAAAUCAUACUCUCAACCCAAACAUGAACAGCAAUAGCUUGGUGAAGGACUGGACCAAUGAGAAAGGAGAAUGGGAUCGAGAACAACUUAGACUCAAUUUACCAGAAGUAAUUGUUCAAAAAAUCACAGCAAUGUGCCCACCAAAUCAAGAUCAAGAGGGAGAUAAGAGAGGUUGGAAGCACACAGAGGAUGGAAAUUUCUCAAUAGCAGCAACUUAUAAAGCCUUAAACAACUGGUCAAAACCCCAAAAAACGAUAUGGAAGCAGAUAUGGGAAUGGAAAGGGACACAAAAAAUUAAAGUGUUCAUGUGGACCGCUAUCCAUAGAAGAAUUCUAACAAAUGAGAGGAAAUCGAAAAUAUUUGGGGGAAGCGGAGACUGUUAUGCGUGUCAUGGAACUCAGGAAAGUUGCAUACAUGUGCUAAGGGACUGCCAGAGAGUAUCAACAAUUUGGGUCCAACUCCUAGAUUCAUCUAAAAUUCAAUCCUUCUUCAACUUAAACUGGGUGGAAUGGGUAAAGCUGAAUUUGACACAACAACUAGGAAAGAGUAAGAAUUUUGACUGGAAAGAUAUUUUCAUGGUAGCCUGUUGGAGAAUGUGGUAUUGGAGAAAUAAGGAAAUUAAUGAUGACAACUACAGAAGACCGUACCAACCUCAUAUUGAUAUCAUGAACCAAGUUCAGGAAAUUAAACAAACUCUGAAAAGGAAUUACCUGAUUAAAGGUUUGAAGAUGAAGCGUGAGGUUCACGUCAGUUGGGUGCCACCGCCAGAAGGAUGGGUAAAGCUUAACACAGAUGGGUCUUCACAGGGGAACAUGAGACGUGCUGGCUGUGGCGGGUUGGUGAGAAAUGAGAAUGGAAGAUGGGUUGCUGGAUUUACCUGUAGGAUUGGUAACUGCACAGCAUUCACGGCAGAGCUAUGGGGUGUCAUGGAGGGCCUGAAAUUAGCCUGGACUAUGGGAAUGAAGAGAAUCAUUGUGGAGUGCGAUUCGACGGCUGUUGUUAAGCUGUUGAAUGGUGAAAGAAAUCUGGAGAAGCAUCCCAAUUCUCUAGUCAGACGAAUUGAUGCACUGAAAAAGAAAGAUUGGAGAAUAUUUUUUGUACAAAUUUACAGAGAGGCUAAUAGAAGUGCUGACUAUUUAGAUAGAAAAAGCUUAGAAACUGGUGAUGAUUUUUUGUUUUGGGAUACACCAUCUCCAGAGUUAGCUAGAAUCAUCUAUGAAGAUUGCACAGGGGCUUCAUUACCCCGAUCUAUUUGUAUAUAA